AUGGCGACUUUAUCUCCCCGUGACAAUCUCAACGCUCGCGUUAAAGGCAGCAGUCAUAUCGAUUUCAAAACAGCCACAACCGGUGUUGCAGCAAAGUCAAUGCGUAAUGAAAUCAGCCAUUUGGUGAGCACUUGCGAUGAACAUGCCAAGAAGCAGGCAUUUGACACCGAAAUGCAAUCAUUCUUCUAUCUGUUUACUCGCUAUCUUUCAGAACGCGCAAAAAGCGUGGAUCUAGACUGGGAUCGCAUCAAGUCCCCCGCCGAUGACCAGAUUGUGGCCUAUGACAGUUUAUCUCAACCCCAUGACCACAAUAACCUUAAUAAACUUGCUGUGCUUAAAGUAAAUGGUGGUCUUGGCACUUCCAUGGGCAUGACUGGUGCGAAGAGCGCACUGGAAGUCAAGGAUGACAUGACUUUCCUCGACCUCACCGUGCGCCAGAUUGAGCACCUCAAUACGAGCAACCGCGUCGAUGUUCCACUUAUUCUCAUGACGUCUUUCAACACCCACGAGGACACCUUGCGUAUCAUUAAGAAGUACGCAAAUCAACAACUCCGCAUCACGACAUUCAAUCAGUCCCGAUACCCCCGGAUCUUUAAGGAAAGCUUGCUUCCCUGCCCAAAGCGUGCCGACGAUGACAAGAAGCACUGGUAUCCUCCCGGCCAUGGUGACUUGUACAAUGCGUUGCUGUACUCUGGUGUAUUGGACCAAUUGCUUGCUGAGGGCAAAGAAUACCUUUUCGUCUCCAACUCAGACAACUUGGGCGCAGUUGUCGAUGAAAAGAUUCUUCAACACAUGAUCGACUCUCAAGCAGAAUUCUUGAUGGAAGUCACUGACAAGACAAAGGCCGACAUCAAGGGUGGUACUCUCAUUGACUACCAGGGAUCAAUUCGCCUUCUUGAGAUCGCGCAAGUUCCAUCAGAACACGUCGAGGACUUCAAGUCUGUGCGCAAAUUCAAGAUCUUCAACACCAACAACUUGUGGAUCAACCUCAAAGCACUCAAGCGCAUCAUGGAGACUGAGGGCAUGGAGCUCGAGAUUAUCAUUAAUCCGAAGAUGAACGAAGAUGGCCAACCAGUUGUCCAGCUCGAGACUGCCGCCGGUGCCGCUAUUAAGCACUUCAAGAACGGCCACGGCAUCAACGUCCCACGAUCGCGCUUCUUGCCGGUUAAAUCAUGUUCCGACUUGCUUCUCAUCAAGAGUGAUAUUUAUUCGCUGCAACACGGACAGCUCGUUCUCAAUGAGAGCCGAAUGUUCGAGACCACACCUGUGAUCAAGCUCGGCGACCACUUCAAGAAGAUUCAGCAGUUCCAAAAACGCUUCAAGAAGAUUCCCAAGAUUAUCGAGCUCGAUCACUUGACUGUCACAGGUGAUGUGAAUUUCGGUCGAAAUGUGACACUUCGCGGUACUGUAAUCAUCGUUGCCAAUGAGGGACAGCGUAUCGAUAUCCCUGAUGGCUGUAUUCUCGAGAACAGGUUACUGUCUGGAAACUUGAACAUGAUCGUUAGUGAUGCACUAGGUUUCCUGAGUUGCUGCUGA